AUGAGAGCUGUUAGAAUCUGUAAACCGGUCAAGGAAUUAAUACAAGAUAAUUACUCUAAAUUAGUUGCAAAAAAGUUGAAAAACUUGGUGAUUAAAUUAUCUUAUGCUUUACAAUCAACUUUAAAUCAAUUUGGUGGUGAAUAUAGAAUUGCUAAAUUAAGUGAUGAAGCUUAUCUUGGUUCUUUCUUAAUUAAUGAAUUAGUUAAAGCUGGUUCUGGAGUUAUAGUUACAACCAAUUCUUCUAUUAAAUCUAUUGUGGCCUUGGCGACUGAUAGUCAAAGGACGGAUAUGUAA